AAAUAUGUCAUUUAAAAUUUAUAUUUUACUGUAAAAUUUUUACAGUAUCCUAGCGAAUAAAAAAAAUAAAUAAUAAUACUUCAAUACUUGUGAAUAGAAGAAUAAUAGUUGACAACUUUAAAACAUUAUGGCAGACGAAGAAGUUGUGAAUGGUACCGCUGAAGAAUUGCCAGAAAAAGGUCAGCAGAAAAAGACAGCCAAGUACGAUAGUGGAGCCGCCGAUUUGGAAAAGGUAACAGAUUAUGCCGAAGAAAAAGAAAUCUCAACUCAGGACGUCGCAGAUGCUAUAUCGGCGAUCGGGGACAGGAGGAAUAAAGCUGCGUUGGAAAAACAGGCAAGAGAAAAAGAACUAUUGAAGGUGCUUAUCAAGAAAGAGGAUGUAGACUUGAUUGUACGGGAAAUGGAAAUAACGAGGGUUCAAGCGGAACGAACUCUCCGAGAAUACCAUGGCAAUGUUGUGAAUGCUUUAAUAGCCUUAACGAAUUAAUAAAAAGUUCGCAUACA